AUGUGAUGCCAAAACGUAGCGACAACAGACAGGUGGGAGCGGGCAGCGGACAAGCCGCGAGGUUUAUGUAACGCGAGGGGGCGAGCGCGGCGCCGCGGCAGUGCUCCGCCGACCGCCGGGGCACACCGCGCCAUGGACCGGGCGAGCGGCAGCCCGCCGCCCAGCCCGCCCGCGCAGACCGGCUUCAGCGCCUUCUGCAGCGCGCUCUCCGACACGCUCUCGGGUAUGGCAACUACGUCGAGGAGCAGAAGAAAACAAGAAGAUGAGAAAAAGAAUAAGAAGAAACAGUCGCCGGUCGAUGACAGGCCGGUUGUGCCGGCGCCCAGCGAAGCUAUGCUCAACAAUUUGCGCACAGCGUUCGGUCUGCUAGACCGUGACAGUGACGGGCACGUGACGCCGGCGGAGCUGCAGUUCAUGCUGCGGAACCUCGGCAUCACCGUCAGCGACGACCUCAUCGCUGAGCUCAUCAAGGAUGCCAGUAAAACUGGCAACGGUUUAAUAGAUGAGAACGACUUCAUGCAGUGGGUGACGAAGAUACAAGCAAUACAAGGGCUAGACGUCACGACGAGCGGCGGCGACUCUGAGGAGGAGAUCACAAGAGAUCUACUCGCAGCAUUUAAGGUCUUCGAUCGCGACGACAACGGGUACAUAACGCGGGACGAACUCCGAUCAGCACUCGAGAUGAUCGGCGAACCGGUGACAGAUGCACAGCUUAACCAAGUGCUGGCGCUCGGGGACAUCGAUCACGAUGGCAGGAUCGAUUAUGAAGAGUUUGUGAAGAUGCUGUUGUAACGUGUACCUCGCUGAACAAGACCUCACUAGAUUUAAUGGUAGUGUUAAAGACAUGCGGUCGUCGCCGAGUGUUCCUGAUCUGAUCCCGAGCGUCGGACAUGUCGCAGCGUUACCUUGCCAGAGGCUUAAAUACGAUAGAAUAUAUAAUAAUAAUUCAAUGCUGCACCUUUUUUUUCCAAACUUCUAAAUAACCUAAUAAAGCCCAUUGGUGUUAACGCCGACCGUCCUGUGCCGCAUUGAAUGUGUUAUAAAACUUGAGAACUGAGGCUCAAGAACUAACAAAAAGUUAAAACUUGCUUUCAGUACCGUUCGCGCCAAUUUGCGUGUAUUUUUUUUCCAAAGCUAAUGGCAUUGGUAACAAGCGACAUAGAUGUGGAAGUAGCAGUCGACAACUGUUGAAAUUGUUGUAAAUAGAAGUAAUUUUGUAAUUAAUAAAUCUAACAUGUAAUGUAGAAACUAAUUUAGGGUAUCGAAGUGAUGUAUAAUUAAAUGACUCUAUAUUUUGCAUAGGUAAUUUGUUUACACACGGCCUUAUUGAACUCAAACAGUGAUUUCGUGCCUAAAAGACAUGUCAAGAUAAAGCUUUACGUAAUGCAACAGUUUAAACCAUAAAAUUGUAUAAUUAAGAUACUUACCAACCUACUUAUUAAAUUAUUUAUUCAUAAAUAAAUAAGGUUAUGAACUAGUCAACAUAUUUGUUUUUUGAAUAGGUACCGUUUUGAACCUAAGACCGUUACAUAAUUAUUAAUAUUUUGAUCUCUUUAUCUAUGUUAUUCUUUUCGACAAGUAUCUACCUGAAAACAAUUUCCAAAA